AGAUCUGGCUGUUUCUCUCGCGAGAUCUGGCAACCCCACCAGCGGCCACCAGCGGGAACAGAUUCUCACUCAGGCGAAGAGACAGAGGGAGAAAGGGUCGAGAGAGAGGCGCUUUGAGCGGACAUUUCUCUAAAACAGAACCAUGCUGGAGUACUACCAGACGUUAGGAGUCCAGAAAAAUGCAUCGCAAGACGACAUCAAAAAAGCUUACAGAAAAUUGGCGUUGAAGUGGCAUCCAGACAAGAACCCCGACAACAAGGACGAAGCGGAGAAAAGGUUCAAAGAGAUUUCCGAGGCGUAUGAAGUUCUCUCCGAUGAAGACAAGAAGAACACUUACGACAGAUACGGCAAAGAAGGCCUCUCAGGAGGAGGAAGAGGAGAACGAGGAGGAGGGGGUCACUAUAAUCACUUUGGCGGCAGCGGCUUCACAUUCCGUAAUCCUGACGACGUUUUCAGGGAAUUCUUCGGCGGCAGAGAUCCGUUUGCAGACUUCUUUGGUGACGACCCCUUCGACGACCACUUCGGAGAGAGUCGCAGUCGCCACAGAGGGCAGAGCCGGGGCAGGACGGGGGGGUCGCUCUUCGGCUUUGGGAGCUUUCCAGCUUUUGGGCCGGGCAUCUCAGGGUUCGAUUCAGGUUUUGGCUCAUUUGGAAACAUGGGCGGAGGAUUCGCCUCCUUCUCUUCUUCAUCUUUUGGAGGCAGUGGUAUAGGAGGAAUAGGAGGAGGAGGAGGAGGAGGAGGAGGAGGAGGAAUGGGUAACUUCAAAUCUGUGUCGACCUCCACCAAGUUCAUCAACGGCAGGAAAAUUACUACGAAGCGGAUUGUGGAGAACGGCCAGGAGCGGGUGGAGGUGGAGGAGGACGGUCAGUUAAAGUCCCUCACAGUAAAUGACGUCCCCGCUGAAGACCCCGUAGAGGAAGACUUUCGUCGCCGCAGACAGAACGCGCUCCCUGGCCUCGGCCUCCACCAGCGCUGCCUGAGGAGCUCCAACCAGAACCAGAACCCGUCUGAGGAGGAGGAGGAGCACGGACUGCAGAGCCUGGGACUCACCAGAGGACACAUGGACUCCAAGAGGAAGAAACUGUGGCUAAAGGAGGCGGAGUCCAAAAAGAAAAGAGCUCCUCGACACUUCCCUCGGUUCGGUGGACUCGGUGCGUUUUAUUAAGCAGAUUCAUCGGCUGAAGUGCCGUCAACGUAACGUGGCAUUAGCUCACCGUUGCAUUGCAUCAUCGAACCCACCGCCCCCCCGUCAUGUGUAUCAGCUGCAGUGCAGAGGAUAACUCCUGUGUUCAUGAGCCUGCAGAGACCUCACUUUCCCAGUAGCUAAGCCUUUGGUAUGUUUUGUGUUCGGGCCCUUUGGAUUCAGCUUUCUCAUUUUUGCAGAAUAAUGUGUUGGAAAGAGUUCAGGUGCAGAGAGUGAGAGUUAUAGGAGGAGCCUUGUGCAGAAAUACUGUAGAGGAGGAGUGAAGGUCAAGAUAUUUAGUGCACCCUUUCUACAAUAUAGUGCUGCAGAUAGCUGGAAAAUAAGUGGAGACAAGCACCAAAGAGCCCAGUUUUUGCACCCAUUUUCCAAGAUAGCCAUCAUUUUCAGCCAAUAGAAGCAGUAUUUCACCUUUAAAUCUAAACAGUUUAUGUGUAUUUGUAUUCUAUUUAAAACUUCUUCAGAGCUUUUUUGUGUCAUUUUAAUGUUAAAACUGGGGCUUAUUAGAAAGAAUUUGGGACACUAAACCUCCCUAUUACCAACAUAUGUCUUCACUGUUAGCAGGAUUAGUUAGCUGUGAGCUUCUGAUUGGGAAAGAGUGUUUCCUGACGUCUGGAUUUUGUUUCUACAAAAAAAUGACAUUUCCAAGCCAUCAUUGGUGGCAAUCUAGGAUUUUUGAGUGGCUAACAGCAUUUAUGGGCCCUUUUAGGUACAUAUCUGCAGCACUAAUAGAGACAAGGAAGGACAGGGAUGCAGAGUGAGAGCAGUGAGUUUUAUAACAGAACAAAUCUAGAUGCCCCUUCGCCGUCGCACUCCAUUUUCCAUCAAGCAAACACUCACAAGGUGACAAUAAAAGCACUGCUGUUUAUUUUGCACAUGUUCUGUUCACUCCAUCGAGCAAAGGAACGGACAAUCGACGCUCUGGCAUCACCUCCUCCUCCACCCGAAGCAGCUUUUAUUCCCUCUGUGUUACAUUCUGCCUCUGUGGGAGUCUUUGUUCUGAGGGGAGUCAGCAACACGUCAACCUUGUAGACGUGGUUUUGUAAAGGAUUUCAGGUUGUUCGUCCUUGAAGUGGAAAUGUCGGAGAAAUGUUCAUUUUUCUAUGGACUCCUACCAAUAAAUGCUUAAAGAA